AUGGCAAAUAAAGAAUUAUUUGGUGGAGCGAUUACUACUUAUAUUCCUGAAAAUUUUAUUGAUGUUAGGGAAGUACCAGAUAAUCAAGAAGUAUUUGCGAAUAUUGAUACAGAUCAAAGUAUAAUUAUCGAGAUAUUAGAAUAUGUUGGUAAUUUGAAUGAGGAUGAAAAAGCUAUUAGACAUCAUUUUGCGUCUAUAGCAUCUGAUAAUAAUGCAGAAGAAUAUAAUAGUAUACAACAAAUUAUUACAUUGACUACAUCUGAUGUUCCUAAUCUUUCAUUUCCAAAUAUCGAAACAGAUAUUGUGAUCACAUAUAAUAUACCCAUUUUAAUUGGUAUUACUAGUAGUAGUAGAGAAAAAGCUCAAGAAGGAAAUUUACAUGAAGGAAUGGAAGUAUUCAAGAGAGUAUUAAAAGUCUUUGUAAAAAUGAGUAAAACUGAAUAUUAUUCUGAGGAGGAAGAGUUUCAAUGUCCUCUCUGCAUGGAAGAGAUGGAUCUAUCAGAUAGGAAUUUUAGACCAUGUCCUUGUGGUUACCAGAUAUGUCGAUUUUGCUGGCACCAUAUUCAAGAGAAUUUGAAUGGGCGUUGUCCUGCUUGUCGCAGGGUAUAUUCUGAACAAACCAUUGAAUUUAAACCUAUAUCUACUGAAGAGCUAGCGCGAAUCAAAAACGAAAAGAAGCAAAAGGAACGAGAAAAGAAAGAACUUGAAGCAAUGAAUAGAAAACAUCUAUCCAAUAUGAGAGUCGUACAGAAGAACCUAGUUUACGUUAUUGGUCUUAGUCCGAAGAUUGCGAAUGAGGAGAUAUUACGGUCGCAUGACUAUUUUGGUCAAUACGGAAAAAUCGCCAAAAUCGUCGUCAAUCGUCGAAAUCCUCCGGCAUCUACCGUUCCCGGUGCACCACCACCUCAACCUAGCGUCGGCGUUUAUAUCACAUACGUACGAAAAGAAGAUGCAGCAAGAGCAAUAGCCGCGGUAGAUGGAAGCAUGUCAGAUGGAAAAGUGCUGAGGGCAUCAUAUGGUACAACGAAGUAUUGUACGUAUUAUCUACGAAAUAUGGUUUGUCAAAAUCCUAAUUGCAUGUAUUUACAUGAACCUGGCGAAGAGGCUGAUAGUUACACGAAGGAAGAUUUGGCUUCUGUUAAAUAUCAUCUUAAAGAAAAUACACUUCAUAGCUUGGGAAGGCCACCUUCCUCAGGACCACCUAGGAGUAACGACGAAAGAGAAGAAGCAUCGGCUUUACCUCCGACAGCUUCCUGGGCUGCCAAAACACCAAGCACAGAAUCAACUCCUACAUUGCAUAAUCAACAGUUACCUUCAUCUUCACAUAUAACUCAAUCUUUACCUCAAGCCGUCACAUCUUCAAAUAAUUCGCAUUUAAAUCAAUUGUCAUCACCGCCAACAAUUCAUGAUCACACCCAUGAACAAAAAUCAAAACUUAAUGAUUCAGAUUUACUAUCAUUAAACUCCAAAACGAAUAAAAAAUCAGAGGUUUCUCAAACUUCCACUUCAGUUGAUAAGACGGAUUCGUCAGAGUGUCGUUCACCGCAGUUAAAUGAUAAAUUACCACAACCAUCAUCUAAACAAUCAGAGAUAACUGUCGACUUUGAUCAAACUUUGUCUACUCUUAGUGAUGGAUCCUUUUCAUUUUCCUUUAACGCACCUUUCUUGGAUAAUCAUGCUGAAGAAAAAUUCAACGAGAAGGUGACUCCUGAUAACAGUACUUCACGCAUAUUAUCUCCUCCUCCAGGUGUUGGCUUUAUCCGUCCAGAUCUUUCUAAUGCUUCCACCGAAUUUUCUCAACCACCCCCAACUCCAUAUACUGGCCCAUUCAAUCCAUUUGCAUCUGAUGAUGAUAAAUUUGAUCCUUUUAAAUCAGAUAAUCCAUCAUCUUUGAACUCUCUUGGAAUCCCUUCUCUGGGAAACAAUAACAUGUCAGACACAUAUUCAAUCAAUGAUAAAGCGCAUCCACAGUCCCUUUCCAAUUCUGCAAAGUCACGAAAUUCUUCAAGAUUUGGUUUCGCUCAGGAAGAUGGUGACUAUGCGCACUUACAUUCAGGUGACCCUUUGGCAAUGAAAGACUUGCAGGAAGGAUUUCGAGCAUUAUUUCCAAAUGUAAAUAUAAGUUUUGGUCCAAGUGAUCUGCACCAAGAAUCUAUGUGGAAUACAUCAAAUGAUUCCACCUUUACACCGUUACGUCGUAAUUUGAUGACAGCUCCUCCUGGUGUUUCUAUUCCUGGUCUCAAUCAACCUCAUCAAUCCCAUCAACCCCAUCAAUCUCACCAAUCUCACCAACCUCACCAACCCCAUCAAUCUCACCAACCCCAUCAAUCUCACCAACCCCAUCAACCUCAUCAACCCCAAACACUUCUUAAUACCAACACUUCUGUAGGUUUGGAUCAUAAUUUUCACCCAUCCAUAAUGAUGCAGCAUCAUCCACAGCUGGGCAGCAAUACUGUUACUUCCAUUAAAUCACCGCCCCCAGGAAUAUAUACUCAAAAUCGUCGAAUGGAUUUCGGCAUAACCGGUGGUUGGAAUCCUCAAAAUGUCAAUUCCACCUGGAAUAUUGAGGAUGAUUAUAAUUUAUCACGUCAACAUACUCUCCCCUCAUCAAAUCAAAAUCAGCCAUUUAUGCCAGAAGUAACGGGGCAUUCCAACAAGGAUGAAGCCCAAGUCUUUUUUGGUGCUUUCCUAAAGGCUGCAGCGGCUAGCUCAAAUAAUCAGGAGGAUACGUCCAAUGAAGCGGAAGUUUUACCUAAUAUUCUUCAAGAUCCUGCUAUCAUGUCCGUUCGAAUUUCUCAAGGAGAUAAUGCGUACAAGGCACCAGGCGCGCCAGUCGUUGUUUUUGAACGUGUAGCAAGAACGGGUGAAGAACAGAUUGGUAGUGGGUUCGGUGUAGGAAUCGGAUUGGGUAAUGUGGAUGCAGGUGGGUUUCCUUCAAUGCUUAGUGGUCGGGCCCAACAUAGUAACUCCGUAAAUCGAAUUGCCUUCUUUUGUUCGAAAAAAUAUUCUGGAUUGAUCGACUAUUCUAUAGGCAUAAAUGACGAGUCAAAAGAAAUAGAAACUUCCACUCCUUCGGAACGAACUAAUGAAAUUGAAAAGGAAACAGAUCAGUCUGAAAUUGUGGCUCUUAACAAAAAUUCGGCGGUUCCUGUCAAGGAUGUCAUGUACAAAAAUCAAAAUAAAGAAAAUAAAGAUAAUAGCACCAACCAUAUCCAUACUUCUAAACCUGCGUCCGCCAAGGUUAUAAAUAUAAAAUCAAAUCAUGGGAAUAAUUUUCAACAAACUAAGUCCGUGUCUGAACAGUCUUCUCAUAUAAAAUCUUUAAAUGAAAAGACCGCACGAAAGUCUGAUGUUAGCCCUGCAUCUGUGACAUCAGAAUCUACAUCAUCAUCUAGUCCAAAGUGGAAUCGUAGACAUUCAAAAAGCACAAAGAAGCAAAUUAGUUCUGAUGAGCAAAGUCGGUCUGUAAAUAAUCAAAAAUCUAAGGAUGCACAGAAAGGAAUCAAUUUAUCUAAUACAAAUGGAUCCAUUGACGAUACUAUAAACUCAUCCGUCAGUGAUGCAUCUAUUGUUCCGUCACCGAUUCUUUCUAAAAAGCCUAAAAAGAAAGAUAAGAAUUCUGCUUCUCAUACUUUGUCUACCAUAAAUAAUUCAUCAUCCAAAAAAAAAAAUAAUAAUAAUUUCACUAAUAAUGUGGAUAUGGAUUUCAAAACCAAAAAAAAUUUAAACAAGACCAAAAAUGAAAAAGAUAACUUUGUUACUGAAUUUCAUUCUGAACCUAUCACUGACAGUAAGAUCAGAAUACCACCUGAUUUCAAAUUCAAUUUUGGUUCUUCGGAUAUUUUUGAAUCUAAUAAGGAGCAAAAUAAUGAUUCUGUAUUAAGACUUUCUACUAUUGAAAGUAGUAGUUCCUCAUCAGACUCAAAGAUUCCAACCACCACCUCAACUCUUGAAUUUUUGUCGACUGAUCUAUUCUCCAAAGAUUUCAACUUCAACACAUCUUCCAUUUUCAAUUUACAAACUUCAUUCUCAUCCACUCCCCCCUUACUUGGCCCUUCUUCAAAUAACAAUUCUUCAGAUUAUCCUAAUAUGAUUAAUAGCAACAAAAAUCUUUGGAAUAAUUCGGUAUCCGAUAUCAAAGUUAUUAAUGGUUCAAAUGAUGUUCAUAUUGAAGAUCUUGAAAAACAAGUGGCCAAUGCGAGACGUGAGGCAGAGAUAUUGGAACAUCGUCUGAGAGCUGUCAUUAAAAAAAAUACUCAUAAUAUGCAAGAUGCGUGGAAAUGA